GCGGAGCGUGACGUAGGAGGAAGAAGACGCCAUUAGAGGGAGCGGGGCCAGCGGCCGUGACAAGUGCCCUCGUUCUCCCGGUUUCGUCCCGGGCUCUCUUCGCGGCUGCCCCCUUCGGCGCCCGCAUCCCCGGGCUCUCCUCGCGGCGGCUCCCGGCCGGGGUCGGUGUCCUGCUGCGCCCUGCGGCUGCUGAUGUGAGGCCGCGGCCCGGCGAGCGGGCGGGUUCGCUGCGGAUGGCGGCGGCGGGUUCCGGCGCGGGGGGAGGCGGCCGGAGCUUCUCCUUCAAGGUGGUGCUGCUCGGGGAGGGCUGCGUGGGGAAAACCUCCCUGGUGCUGCGCUACUGCGAGAACAAGUUCAACGACAAGCACAUCACCACCCUGCAGGCAUCUUUUCUAACAAAGAAGCUAAAUAUUGGAGGAAAAAGAGUAAACCUUGCAAUAUGGGAUACAGCAGGUCAAGAGAGAUUCCAUGCACUGGGUCCAAUUUACUACAGAGAUUCUAAUGGAGCUAUUUUAGUAUAUGACAUAACAGAUGAAGACUCUUUUCAAAAGGUAAAAAACUGGGUCAAGGAAUUAAGAAAAAUGUUGGGAAACGAAAUCUGUUUAUGUAUAGUUGGUAACAAAAUAGACUUGGAAAAAGAGAGGCAUGUUUCAGUUCAAGAAGCAGAAACGUAUGCAGAAUCAGUGGGAGCAAAACACUAUCAUACUUCAGCCAAACAAAACAAAGGAAUUGAAGAACUCUUCCUUGAUCUCUGUAAAAGAAUGAUAGAAACUGCUCAAGUGGAUGAAAGAGCAAGAGGCAAUGGUUCCAGCCAGUCAGGAACUGCAAGGCGGGGUGUACAGAUUAUUGAUGAUGAGCCACAAGCACAGAGCAGUGGAGGGUGCUGUUCUUCUGGAUAACUGUAUAAAACUGGAUUGUUGCCCCUCAAUAUGAAGACUGCCAUAUUUCAAGUCAUGCAUUCUUUACCAAUGGAGUAAUAGAAUUAACAGUAUUGAAAAAUAAUCACUUAUAACACUGCAGAGACCUCAAGUGCUAAACUAGUGGAGUCUGAGACCAGAGAAUUUGCAUUUUCUACAGUGGUUAACAAAGCAAUUACCAAUGGCCUUUUUACAUAUUUUUCUUUAAUGAGGAAUAAUAUGCAUGUAGAAAAGACCUACUUAAAGGCUUCAUUUAUAUUCUUUUAAAUCAGAUCAUUAUUUAAUAACUUAUAUACAUUGUUGGAAUGGUAUACAUUUUUGCAGCUGUUUGUAUUUUGUGGUAGAUUCAACUAUAUCACUUCUAAACUGCAAACUGAUUUUUUUUUUUAAUUAGCAGAUACCUGAACUACUAUUUUUGCUGGGCUUACACAAGUCCAUAACUGUCAACUACUUUGAUAUACUAUAUAUUCAUUCUGUAUGCCAAGCUGGUAAAAUACAUUGUAAAUUACAUAUUAAAUAUUUUAUCUGCUUUUACAAGUGCAGGUGCAGAAAUACAUCAGCCUUGUCAGCAAUUGUCAAGUGAAUAACAAUUGGUGAAAAGAUGCAAGUUUUUCAUUUUGCUUGUUUCUUCACCCGCUCUUCCUGCAGACUCCUAACAGGUUUUUUGGUGUAUUCGGUUACACAGAGCUCUUUAAAAGUCUCUUCCUGGCGAGCAGCAAUAUGAUUCAGAGCACCUCUAGUGACAGGGCAGGAGUGCUUCCUGAAACUUCAGUUAACCCAGAGGGACUUGACUCCCAGAUGAACAGUGGAGCACAUUGCCAUCUCAAGUCUGCAAUUGCUUCAUCCUCUCCCUAGUCUCCAAGGAAGCUUAAUCUUAAAUAAAUUAGCCCUUGUCCAUCUGGUAGCCACUAAACAAUGUUUUUGUGAAAAGUUGUAUUAGUACCCUUGCCUUCAAGACAGCCUUUUAAACUUUAAUGAGCAUUAGUUGUUCAUCCUACAAAGCUUGAGUGAACAAGUAAAUGAAAUUUAACUUUCCUGAAUUACUUUUGAUUUUGAGUGGUUUAUUGACUAUAAAUGUAAGAUGUAAAAACUUACAAGAUGCAAUGUAACUAUAGGAACACUAGAAAGGACUAAAUUAUAUUCAUGCUUUGCUGCUUUUGUAAAGCUUGGUGAAGCCUACUUUAAGGUUUUGGGCAGAUAUUUUUUUGGAAAUAUUAAAGUGUGUUAAACUGUAGAAGGAACACACAUGGUGGCAAUUAAAACUUAAAUUGUUGUGCUCUGACUUUUUUUUUUUUUUUUUACACAAUUUGUCAUGUUUGGAAAAACAGUAAAAGUGAUGUCUGACAAAAUAGAA